AUUCCGUGACUUUCAUUGUGCGGUCACUCCGCUCUGGAUUUCAUAUUCUUGCACAGAGGUGGCGGGCCCCUGCUGGCGACUGCGAGGACGAUUUUACUUUCCUAGGCCUCUGAUGUGAGGAAGCAGCGCGGACGUGUAGGACAAGAUGACUACCAGCAGCGAGGAUGUCCUGCUCCAGAUGGGCGAAGUGCGAUACAAAAAGGGGGACGGAACGCUCUAUGUGAUGAACGAGCGUUUGGCCUGGAUGGCUGAGCACCGAGAUACCGUGACGGUCUCCCACCGCUAUGCGGAUAUUAAAACCCAGAAGAUCUCUCCGGAGGGAAAACCCAAGAUUCAGCUGCAGGUUGUGCUGCACGAUGGGAACACAUCCACCUUCCACUUUGUUAAUCGUCAAGGCCAAGCGGCCAUGUUCGCCGACAGGGACAAAGUUAAGGAAUUGUUGCAACAAUUGUUGCCCAAUUUCAAAAGGAAGGUUGAUAAGGAUCUGGAGGAUAAAAACCGCAUCCUCGUGGAAAAUCCCAAUCUCCUGCAGAUGUACAAGGACCUUGUGAUAACAAAGGUAAUUACUAGCGACGAAUUUUGGGCUACGCACGCCAAGCAUCAUGCUUUAAAAAAGAUGGGAAAGACCCAAGAAAUCGGUGUUUCCGGCGCUUUUCUGGCGGACAUCAAGCCUCAAACAGACGGCUGCAACGGACUCAAAUACAAUCUUACCUCCGACGUGAUACAUUGCAUUUUCAAGACUUAUCCCGCCGUAAAGCGCAAGCACAGUGAAAACGUACCCAACAAGAUGCCUGAGGCCGAGUUCUGGACCAAAUUCUUUCAGUCACACUAUUUCCACCGCGAUCGUCUAACUGCCGGAACAAAGGAUAUUUUCACUGAGUGCGGCAAGAUUGACGACCAGGCUUUAAAAGCAGCCGUGCAACAAGGCGCCGGUGAUCCGCUGUUGGAUCUCAAAAAGUUCGAGGAUGUCCCAUUGGAGGAAGGAUUCGGCAGUGUGUCCGGGGAUCGCAACGUGGUGAACAGUGGAAACAUUGUGCACCAGAAUAUGAUUAAGCGUUUCAAUCAGCAUUCCAUUAUGGUGCUCAAGACAUGUGCCAAUGUGAACACUGGACCCUCUGCCAUGACUAACGGCACCAAUAAUGCCAACGGACCUGUCUCGCAGUCCGCAUAUACAAACGGUGUCAAUGGAAAGGCCUCCGCCAGUGCUUCGACCUCUAAUAGUUCCUCGGAUCAGGCAGACAAAGAUGAGCCACAGAUCAAAAAGCAACGACUGAUUGAGAAGAUACAUUACGAGGAUCUGGGUGAUCCGGUGACGGAAUUGGGUGAGGAUGGCAAGCCCUUGGAAACUAAUACCAAGUCCAAACAGUUUGAGCUGUCCAAGGUGGAGCGCUAUUUGAACGGCCCCGUCCAGAACAGCAUAUAUGAUCCUCUAUACGAUUCCGAAAGCCUAGAGGAAGUGCAGUACAAACUGGUGCGUAACUCGGAGUCUUGGCUGAAUCGUAGCGUGCAAAGGAGUGUGAUUUGUUCCAAGGCGGCUGUGAAUGCUCUUGGAGAACUAAGUCCCGGUGGUUCUAUGAUGCGGGGCUUCCAGGAGCAAUCAGCGGGUCAACUGGUGCCUGACGAUUUCCAGCGCGAGCUGCGCCACUUGUAUCUGUCACUAUCGGAAUUACUGAAGCACUUUUGGAGUUGCUUUCCACCCACCUCUGAUGAACUGGAGGCUAAGUUGCAGCGCAUGCACGAGACCCUGCAUCGCUUUAAACAGGCCAAACUAGUGCCCUUUGAGAACCGUGCUAUGCAUGAGCUGUCUCCGCUGCGCUCUUCGCUAACCCAGCAUAUGAAUAAGCUACUGCGUACUGCUAAUACCAAGUUUAAUACAUGGAAGGAGCGCAAACUGCGAAACAGUAGAUAGCAAACGCUCAAUGAAGGAGAGCUGGAGCGUCUGCCACACACCUCAAGAACCAUUAUAAUAGACUAGAAGUAACUCAUAAUCGUAUGCGGUACGCAUUGGAAUAAAACACUAUUUGCAACUUGGUAUAUA